AUGUCGAUCGACCAUGCAGACUCUGUUCCGAACGGGGAGUACCUCCCGAACGGGCACCCGUCGAUGUCGUCGCCUGGUGGUGGUGCUAGGGAAGACAGUACAGACAUCUUAGCCGCAAAGACGAACAAUUUAUCUCUGAAAGACAGCAACUUCCAAGGAAGAGUGUCAAGCAAAGAAGAGGAAGAUCGAGCUCGUCCCCCCAAAACAAAAGAUCCACAUGCCACUUUGUACAGGCAAGAUUCAGACAAACAACUGCCCGGGCUUGCGCUUGCCUACCGGUCGAUCAUCCGUGGUGUCGGGGAGGAUGCCAGUCGCCAGGGUCUCCGGAAGACGCCCGAUCGCGCUGCUAAAGCAAUGAUGUUCUUCACAAAGGGAUAUGAAGAGAAAGUCGAAGGCUUUUCAUGA